UACAUUACUAAAUUUUACUCACAAGCAAUUGUUUACAGAAAAUCGUUCAAAUUUUGAGCAAAUUGACAAAAUAUAAACACCCAGUUGUGAUGUCAAGAGAACCAUCGAACCAAUUCGAGCCUGUUUCGAAUUUUGGGAGUAAUCUUUGUGAUGAGAAAUGGAAAGGUUGGUGUCGGCUCUGUGCUAAAGCUGAUGAAUACUGCGUUAAUGUCAUAUCGGGGGUGUAUCAAAAAUUUCCAAAUGAUACUGGUUUUAAUUACGACGUCAACUUGGCUUAUUUAAUAGCAAAAUAUUUUCAAAUCCAAAUACAGGAAGACGAAAAACUUUCUCGAGUAAUUUGCUUGGAGUGUUGCAAGUAUAUCACAGCCCUUAGUAAGUUUGGAGAGCGUGUAAGCAAUGUGCAACAAAUGUAUGAUGAACUUUAUAAGUGCAAAGAUAAAACAAAAUUUGAUGUAGAUUCACUAUUAGAAAAAUAUGACUUGUCCAAAAAUGAGUCCGUACUUGCACACCACGAAAACGAAGUGCCGAUUGAGGAAAUAUUCGUGGCUGGGUUGGCAGUUACAGUUGAAACUGAUCCUACCAUUGUUAAUAUCAAGAAGGAGGCCGUUACAGUUGCAGAACAGAUAGAUACAACGUUACCAGUUCAUAACGAGGAUGAUGAUGAUCCCAUCGGCGACAAAGAGCAAGAUAAAGAAGAAUCUUGUACACAAUUAGACUCUGAUAUCAGCAGCUCUAGUGAAGAAAAUUAUUCUGAUGACAAUGCCACCUCAUCAACAAAUAUAAGAAAACGAUUACAAAAAAAUAGUGGUGAGAAUCUUGAGAAGCACACAUGCAUCAUUUGUUCACAAUGUUUCCAACGUCGUAGGAACUACGCCACACAUAUGAAAAGAAAACAUGAUGUAAUAGUUUGUCCGGAAUGUCCCAGCUCAUUCAAAAAUAUUUUAAAUCUCAAAAAACAUAUUUUAGAACAUCGCAAUGCUUUUAAUUGUUCACAAUGUGAACAGAAAUUCGAGAAAAAGAGUAUUUUGAGUAAGCACGUAAAAGAUGUGCAUCGGAAGCCUGUUGGCAAGUUUGUUUGUGAAGCUUGUGGAGAAGCAAUGGUAACAAAAAGAGAACUGACUCUACAUAUGUUGAUACACACCGACUACAUCCCUUUUAAAUGUAAAGACUGUGGCAUGUGCUUCAAAGAAAAAUAUCGUUUUAAGAGGCACUGCGAAAUACACAGAGAUAAAGUCAUUUGUCCUAUAUGUGGGAAACAGCUAAGUUGUCAAGCCACAUUCAAAAAUCAUAUGCUAGUGCAUUCCGAUAAAAUGAAUCACAAAUGUGACUAUUGUGGUCGUGAAUUUAAGCGCGCUAAAGGAUUGAAAAGCCAUUUAUUACUCCACAGUGGACUAAAACCUUAUUCCUGUGAAUUUUGUGAGAGAACGUUUGAUAAUAGAUCAAAUUGCCGUUUUCACAUGAAGCUUAAACACCCAAAUGAAUUAACCGAAUUGGAAGCUUCAGGACAAAAAACAUAUACCAGUGUUCCGAGAUUGGAGGAGUUGAAAUCACUUGUAAGGCGGUCAGAGUAUCUGAAGCCUGUGAAUUUAAAGCGUGGCGGCGGAAAGUUAACAUCUCAACAUGGCAGUUCUGUAAACUCAGAAAAAUCUGAAAUGGAAACGCAAAGUUCCAAAAUUAUGAAGGAGCAUAGCGCUUUGAGUGUGUUCGAGCCGGAAAGUAAUUAUGGCUUGUAUUGCCACAGUGUCGAAUGAAUUUAUAAUUUAAUAUAUUGUCGGAUUGUAUAGUUUAUAUUGCAGCAAGGGGAUAACUAUUUUUCAAUUAUUUAAUAGUAGAAUUUUAUAGUAGUGAUGUGUGUUUGUAAAUUGAUUUUUUUUAAAUCAAAUAAAAAGUGAAAUAAUCUUAUGAUAA